AUGGGACCCACCAUAUUCCGAAGUCCAACCGCAAGGAACACCUUUGUCUUUUGUGUCUUCCUUGGUUUGAUAUUUCACUUUCGUCUGUGGAAUUUGUAUCCUAGCGAUGAUGUUGUAGAGCCUGUGCAUGUGCCCGCGACUGCCGCGUCGCACGGAGAUGGAGGAUUUGGCGGCAGCGGCAGCGAUCCAGUACAUCAAGACCACCAGCAGCAACAGCCCUCGCACACGGCCGUGCCGCCGUCGCAACCUCCAGCGUCGUCGGAGCAGCAGCCCGUGCCAGAGCCAUUUCCGAAAAAGAUAUGGUACAAGCUAGGUCCCAAGGGCUUGUCCAACUACGCAAAGACGUGGACGGACUCGUGCAUCAACCAGAACCCCGAGUACAGCGCCAAGUUCCUGACCGACGAAACUGCCGACGCUUUUGUCAAUGAGCAUUUCGUCGGCUACCCGGACGUCCUCGAGGUGUACAAUUCUCUGACGGUGCCCAUCCUCAAGGCCGACAUGGUGCGCUACAUGCUCCUGUACGUCGAGGGCGGCGUCUGGUUCGACCUGGACGCGUCCUGCGAGGGUAUCCCCAUUGAUCAAUGGGUGCCCGCAGCCCACGCCGCCGAUGCCAAUCUGGUGGUGGGUUGGGAGUUUGACGGCGGCUACCACUUUGAGUUUGAGCACCAGUUUGUCACGUGGACGGUCAUGGCCAAGAAGAACGUUGCGCAUCUCCUGGUUGUCAUCAAGGACAUUGCCGAGUCGCUGCGCCGCAUGGCCGAGGCCAACCACGUCGAUGUGUCCGAUCUGACCAUGAGCAUGAUUGGGGACGUCAUUGAGGCUACGGGACCCAAGAGAUUCCACAAGAGCGUGGUCAACAAUCUUGAAAAGUCAGUGGCCCAGCCCAUCAAUUGGGAAGACUACCACGAGAUUCUCGAACCCAAGAUGGCGGGGGAUGUUCUGAUACUGCCUGGGUAUUCGUUGGCAGCGUCCUACAACUCGUAUGAGCCAGAGGACCAGGACAAAGUCGGGCCAUCGUUGGUGGUGCAUCACUAUGCCGGUACCUGGAAAAAUGAACACGGCGGAGAAACGAAAGAAUAG